AACAUCCCGUCGAACAGCCGGUGGCUCUUCCUGGCGGACCUGAAAAAAAACCAGUUUGGACUGAAGCGACAGGUGCUCGUCCACAUGUGCCGGAAAGAUGCCUCCUUGCUGCAGUUUCUGUGCGACAGCGUGCGGAAGUACGUCAAAUGGUUCAAGCGAGUCCACCAACCCAUGGUAUACAUAAACCACUUAGUCGGGGUCUCUAAUUUCUUUUCCAAUAAAUGGCGGAAACUGUUGUACCCUGUAGUGUCCAAUAUUUCUAGGUUUUAUCGCAAGACGGAAUUAAUUAUUGCUUAGAUGUGCGGCACAACAAUUCAUGAGCAAUUCAGUAGGGAGCUUUGAGAAAGAAAAAAAAAAAGAAAAAAUAUUAUAACAGGCCACUCUUCUCACCGCCGUGGCGCUCGAAAUUUUCAACGAGGACUUUGCGCGCAACAAUGCGAAGGCCGAGCGAGCGCUCCGCCCUUUGGCGCCUUUUCUCAUCUUUGGUCUGCAGAGCCCGCACCUGGAGGACCUGUUCGGCUGCAGUCUGACAAUCGCGUGUCAUUUGCUGUGCACCCUCGCCCACGACCACGUCGUGAGCCCGGUGAAACUCGCGCUCACAGCAGCUCGUCACGUGCGAAAUCACAGUACAGGAGAAGGAGAUUUCCUUGACGGAAGCUUAUCGGGAAGCAGCACGACGCAGCAAGUGCUGGCGUACGUCGAGUUGAUUUUCUAUCAGUUCUUUCACGCCGACCUGUUGACUGCGGCGGCAGACAAAGGCAUGCGAAACGUCAUGCUAUUGUUUCCGGAUGCGCUACUCCAGCAGUACUGUUCUGCAACGGGAAGCAGGAGCGCCAUGGAGAAUAGCCCCAGUACCUUGCUCCAGCUGUGGUGCCUGUGCCAGAUGACAAGUUGUACGUCCUCUACUUCUACACCGUCCAGAGGCGGCGCGGCGCCCUUCCCCGCUGUCCAGAAGCUCUUGAAAACUGCCAACCACCUGGAGGUGCGUGCGCUGAGCAGCGCGAUUUUCGUGCGUUUCUUCCAACUGGCUUGCGAAAAUGAAUCGACGCCGGCUUCGGAAGAUAAAAACGGAGAGGCGGGACCGAGCCCCAAAGACAUGCUGGUCCAGCAGUUGGCCGUUUUGCUGCGCCAGUGCAACCGGGCGCACCCGGUGACGGUAGGCCAGCAGAUUACGCACGUGCUGCAAAAGCUACCCGCCGCCGGAGAGAGUCAAGUUUUGAAGUCGGUUUUCACGGAAUUCGUCGGAGAAGCUUGUGAGCUCCUGGCCGUACAGGAAGCUGAAGGGGAACGGGAGCAGACGGCGAAUAAGAAAAACACUGAGGAGAAGAAAGUUCCGGUCUUCCGAGCACUCAGCCACACGUCAGCAGCGAUGCGCAAACUCGGGGUAGCUCGCGUCGUGUCCCAGGUGAAAGCGGCAUUGUUGCGAACAUCGGAGCUCUCGCCUGCAGAGAGGACGGGGAGCGUUCAAGACGGCGCUCCAAAGGGGAGCAAGCUGCGGUCACUGAUUCUGUUGCUGGUCCAGCGACUCCACGACGAGGAUCCAGCUGUUUUGGACGAGGUGCUCACGGGGGACAACACGUUUUGGGAAUCUGUCUUUGCACAGAAAGUUCUGAACGCCGCCGAAACUGCAGCGGUUGCACGGGUCGCGUUGCUGCUGUUGCAAGCGGAAUGUAGCACCGGCGUGCGGGAGAAAGACGCACUGUUUGCUCUCGCACCGGACAAGAGCAAGACGAAGGACGUGGGAGCGGGGGCGGUUGGCAGCGCGGACCGCUCUAAGGAGGAGGCGGGGAGGAACAAGCGGAUCAUCCAACUGGUAUACCUGCUGUCGGGCGCUAUGGACGAGGAAGGUUUUGAAGCGGCGGACUUCCGCGCGUUGCGUCUCCAGGUGAAGCCCUUGAUUCUUUUGCUGCAGACCCGGGAACAAGCCGGCGGUGCCGAGCGGAAAAAUCUUUCGGCGUUCAGUCCGCAGGAGCAACCUGCAACACUACUCGUCGCGCUGCGGGAACUGUUGCAGUUCAGCGAAGGGAUCAUGCAGCAACAGACGCAGGACACCGUGGGCCUGAGCGGAAGCCUGUUACCGCCGCUCCUCGGUAUUCAAGCUAUGGUCAAGAACUGCGUGUCGUGUUUGAAAGAGAACGACGAGAAAUCGGCUGUCGAAGAACGACCGGAGGAGCUCUUGGACCUUUUGGAGCGUUGCGUCCUUUCCACCCAGUGCGGUGUCUUCCUGGAGGAUCACAAAGCCAUCGCGAAAGGCUUCUCGCAACUACUCAGCUACCUGGCGAACGACCACGCGGGCAAGAACUCGGAACACGUUCAGAAGAUUGUCCUUCGUAUCGCCUUGUCCUUUCCCAAGCGGUUCAAGACUUGUCUUGAGCAGAUGGUGAAAAAUGAAAGCAGCAUGCAAGCGCGCAAGCACAUCCAUGCGUUCGCGUUCCGAGGUGGCGAGACCGCUCGGGUCCGGGCGCAUGCCCUGCUUCUGCUGUCGCGCUUCGCCGAACAGGAAACAGCAUAUGCGCUCGAGACCAUCGUCUCGCUGUUGCCGCUGCUCGGCGCAGAGUCCGCGGACGUGCGCCGGGCCGCCUUCCAGUAUCUACGAGCAACGAGACAGGGCGGGAAAGUGACGACCUCGGAAACCGAACCCGAAGCCGCCGCCUUGUUCGGAUACAACGUGCAGCACUGGACCGUGAACAAAACGUCUUUCGGCGUGACUUCGACGGAAAAAGAGCAGAAAAAAUUAAUCGACAAGCUCUUGGAGAACCAGACCGCGGUAGAGCAAGACCCGGCCUUCUUGGCGGAAACCGUGCGUGCCUUUCUGGAGGCCCGAUCAAGUGGCGAAAAAAACACGACUUCUUCUCUUCCUUUGUCAAUUGCCCUCCUGGCCACUGCGCUGGAGACGUCUCAGCGGGACGCCUUCCCGUGGACGAGUCUUCCGCGUGACGCGGUCCUCUCAUCUUUCAAAGCCAAGUUCCAUCCGAUUGCGGUCGCGAAAGAGCAGACGGUAAUCGCCGAUCACAGUCGGACCGUUGCUAUUCUUUGCGAGAAGUUGCUGCUGCGAUCCACGGAGGCCAUGACGGAGGGGGAGCGCGAGGGCCAGUCGCCCAUGUCCGAGGCGAUCACUUUUGUGGCAGAGCAAAAUUGCACUUUCGCCCUUGAUGUUGAAGAAGAAACGAAGAUGAAACAGCAGGUCAACGCGGCGGAGAAGUUGUUGACGCCAGCUGGCGUUGCGGUGAUCGCGGAAGCGUUGGGGCGGUUCGUGAAGGAGCCACGGUUCGACAUUUUGCUGCACUGGAGCGUGCAGCUCGCGACCACCCAGAAGAGCACCUGCUCGGAGAAGAUCCGUGACCGGGUUCAGUCCAGCUUUUUCGAAGCGCCGUGCCGGGUGAAAGAUCUGCAGUCCGUGAUUCUGCAGAGCUUACCACGGUAUAAAAAUGCGGGCAGCACGCAAGAACUGACACUGGCUGCGUCGUUGCUGCAAAGGAAAACCCAAGAGCUCUGCGCGGUUUGGAAAAAGGAGGAGGAGGCGAUCGAGCAGCAUUUGGAGGAGGUGUGCGAUUUACUGCAAGGAGUUCUACCGGCGUUCCAAGAGCUGAUCAACGAGAAGUCCGACCAGACGCCGGACCUAACGUCCAGCUUGUGCAACCUGCUUCUGUCCGUCCUGGAGCACGCGACGUUCGUGGGCGAAGAGUCCAAUCAAGCGGGGCACCUGAUGAUGAAGCUGGAUGGUGCCCAAGUAAACGCGUGUAACGCGCUGCAGGCUGUUGCAAAAAGCAGUGCGCAGAAUUCUCUUCAGGCCAGCAGCGGCACUACAGGAGCGAUGAAUACAACGUCUUCGUCCACCAAGCAAACCCAGAACCAGCACCAGCGGGAAAUCAUCAAAGUGCAGCCGGUGUCGACCACCGUCUUCGUCCACAACCUCCGGGCGGGGACGACGCUGCGGAAGAAUCGGUUGCAGUCGUUGAAGCAGUUCCUGAAGAACUUCACGCCCUGCACGGUGGACCCCUUUUUGCUGGCCGCCGCGGGCGCCACGCUGCGAAACUGCGUCGCCAAGCAGGGGCGGGCGGCCGGGAUGUGCUUCCUGUACUACUUUUUCCAGUCGCUACGCCACGUGCCCAGUGCGUCCGUGGAGGAGAUCGCUCGAGACGUGCUCGUGCACUACGCAAACCUCGCGGGGGAGAUCGGCGCGGCUGUGGAGGAAACUGCGAACAGCGAAGACGAACUUUCCGAAGUAGACGCCCGCCGCGAGGAGACCACCACUCCCGACAACGAUCCGCACGCCACGACCUUCGAUCUUGCAGCGGUGCUGCUUCCGUGGCUCGCCGCCUACGGGCAGACCAACGGCGCCGAACGGGUGCGGCUCGCGACCCAGGUGUUGCACGACUUCCACUUCGCCCACGCGCAACAAAAGUCAGACACGACACCGGCCCUUGGGCAGUUGGCUGCGUUACUACGCGACGGGGUGGCGGAGGUUGGCCGUCUGCAGUACUACCAAACAGCGCUAAAUUACGCCAGCACUUUGGCGAAGCAGAGCCGCCGGAAAAGUUCCGCGGACGAAGGUAGCUCGAGUGUGGACGGUGGAGACGAGGGGCGGGCGGCGCAAGGUGUUCUUGACAACUGGAAGAAUAAACGCGAUGCGACGGAGACGUUUUUCGAGUACCUGUUCCGCGAGGAGGGGAAGGAUCGGGGCAGCAGCUUGCAGAACCUGCAGAUCACGGCGCCGGAGUUGUGCGUGCAGCUGACCGCAAGGUACCUCGUUCAGCACCAGGAGUUGGGCACCGCCUCGGCCGAGAGCAUCAACCGUCUGGUGGAGUCGGUCCUCCUUGCGGAGUCCUACUUGUCGACAAGCGGCGGAGGCAAUGGUACAACAAUUUCAGCAGCAGAAGCAGGAGUGAGUAAUUAUACCCCGGCUCCUGCGCCGGCGCACCAACAGCAGACCGGCGGGGGCGCCAACAAGAAGAUGAAGUUGUUAUCCCCCCCCGUGAACAAGCGGCGUGUGUUGCUGCUCCGCCCUACGCAAGACGUGCGCAAAGCGGUAUUCGCAAACCUGAUCCAGAGCUGCACGGACGCCACCGGCCUGUCAAUGUUGCCGCUGUACCAGGCAUUGGAGCACGUGCUGCGAAAUAUUGCCGUUUCCAGGUCGGGCAGCAAGACGGACCUGCUCUAUGUAACCCUCACGGCGGUCCUGGAAACCAUUCCAGAGAUGACCUGGCGGUAUGAAGCGGAAGAAGUGGAAGCAAGUACCGUGGUGCAAAAUGCGGAGGACAAGAAGUCAACGACGGAUGCUGAGCGGCAGAAGGGGAAGAAGAGGAAACUAGAGGAGGAUGAGCAAGAAGCGGACCCGGAUGUUGUAGAGUCGCUGAAAAGGAUUGUUGCUCUUGUCGCACAAACGUGUUUGGCCAGCCCAGAAAAUAAUGAACAAGCUACCAGCAGCUGCACCGGAAAUACGCCAGGUUCAUCGCAGCGAAAUCUUUUGUCGCGGAAGGCAUUGCACGACAAGGCCUGGCAGCUGCUCACGAAGAUCCACCAGAGCGCCCCGCUGUUUCUGGCGUCUGUCUGCAGUGCUGAACUGUUGCCGAAAAUUCCGCAACAGCUACACACAGAAACAGGUGGCAAGGCUUUGAUCCCGAGUAGAGACUUGCUGCUUUUCGUCGCUGGCGCUGCAAAACAGAUUCCGCGUAAGUUGCUGCUGCCGUCCCUGAAUGGGCUUGUGGCGCCUUUACUUAGCUGUUUGCGACAAAACUCCGAGAGGGUGGCAGGGAGUACUGUUGUUACAAGCGGCACCGCCACCUCUUCGGCACUGGACGUGGUGUGCCUGGCCCUGUCCAACUUCGCAGCCUCGUGCGGUAAAUAUCUGACGAAUUUCUUUUCGCAGUUGUUGGAGAUCUACUUGUCCGCGGAGAACCCUCAGCAAUUUGACGCUCUGCUGAAAACCUGGCUGCAGUCGCUUCCGUUUCGGGCUCUCCUGCCGCUGUUUCGCGACCAGGUGCGGAACGCGAACAGCAUGGAAACAGCACCGGGCGAAGCGACAACCGAGGCCGUGCGCAACUCGUGCAAACUGGCUUACCUGUUCCAGCACUUGAUCGCAGAGACCAAGCCAGACGUCGUGGCUCCGUUCGCCACUGCGAUCUUUGACGACGUCCUGGCUCCGCUCACGGACUUUUUCACGAGCUCUGCUGCCGGGGAGCGAAACUUGGAAAUUACCGCGGGCAUUUACGCGCAGUUUGCGCUGCGUCUGGAACUGAAGCAGUUGACCCCUUUCUGGGACGCGACACUGAAGACCGCGCGCAACGGCGCAUCGGUGUUGAUGGCAGACAUUACCGAGGCACCAGCGGAUGGGACCAGAACAGGAAGUGGAAAGCAGGUACUUAAUGAAUGAUUCACCGCAGUAGAGUGUUGUAGUUUCUAACCAUUGAAGAUCGCGCGUUUUUUGUUGUUUUGGUAUGCAAGAACGGUGUUGUGACAGUAUAUCAUGUAUGCAGCAAAUUUUGUCACCACAUCAUACUAUCGGCAAUUGUCACCACAACAGGAUGCGUCGAAAGCAAAUGCCGUCGCGCGACGCCGCGCGGUAGCUGUGUUUGAGAGUUUACGGGCGCUGGUCCACGAAGCAAAGGACAUUGUGGCGGUGCCAUUCCUGCGCAAGGUUGCCAAGGACGUCGCUCACGUUUUGCGAGAGGCGAAGCCCAAGAGAGCGGAUGCCGCGAUUUCCCGGACCAAGAAGAACCCGAAACGCGCGAAAAACGCGGACCUGACGACGGACGGGGCUUCGUACGACAAGACGCUGGUGGUUUCAGCGCUGGAAGCCGUCAAGGUAUGUCUGGAAGCGCCCGCGGAGCCUUCUUUUGGGACUGAAUUACUGACCGAACUGGCGACUCCCCUGCUGGAGUGGUUUGACUUGCUGUGCACUAACCACGGACACACGUACAAGCGAGCAGGCGGAACGCGAACGCCGUGUGCCAGGCUGUAUGAACUGCUGCAGGAACAACUGCAGCAUCAAGAGGGGACGAGGAGUACAACGAGUUCUACUACGCCAAGUGCAAUAAAAACGACAACAUGCACGGAAAUAAUGAAUGCAUCUGCUAGAUCGCAAGCUGAACUUCCGGUUGAGCUUCUACUUCAGCAGACCGUGGUCGCCUUGGUGCACCAGCUCGCGGACGAAACCGAACGCAAGCAGGUGCUGUUAUCGCUGCUGCACAAGACCCAGGAACCGUCCGCUGGGGAGGCGGUGAAGGUGGCACUGCUGAAAACGGUGAAAGCGGUGUGGAAGAAGGAGAACUGCGGUGUCGUCACCUCGCUCUCCGACACCCUGCUGUUUGCGGUGGAGCUGCUGGAAGAUGACUCGGAACUGGUGGAAAGACACACGAAGGAACUCCUCAAACUCGUGCAGACCAUCACCGGCGAAGAUGUGCAGGCCUUGCUGAAGGAAAAGAGGUGAAAAAGAAGGUGUAGACACGAGGAGAAAUAACGGGAAGCAUUAGCUCUUCCGAUGAUGAAUUUGUGGUGACGAGUGUGGUGGAUAAGAGUCGAUGCAAUUUUUACUAAGAUCGACGCAGUAGAUGGUACAAUGUGGAAGGCGAUUAUUGGCUUCUUCCUUCUACCAUGAAAUGAGCAAGAAAUAAUGCAAUUAUGUCGCUCAUGAUAAGCUUACGCAUCAUCGUCCAGAUUUUUAUGAUGUCAGUGAAGACCACUACAUUCGCAUUUCCAG